CCAGCAGCCCUGAGAUUCCAAAGAGAACCAGGGACCACACGCCGCUCAAGAGGCGACAAUGCUCCUCCUCUUCGCGCUCCUCGCCGGCGCCGGCGCCGCCGCCUUCUUCCUCUUCAAGUUCGCCACUACCGAUGGGGAUUUCACGCUCUUGUCGUGCGGCAAGCCGCGGCGGGACAAGGUGGACGGCAAGGUUGUCUGGAUUACUGGGGCAAGCCGUGGGAUUGGGGAGGUUCUUUCAAUGCAGUUUGCAAGUUUAGGAGCAAAGCUAAUUCUAUCUGCACGCAACAAGAAUGAACUUGAGAGAGUGAAAUAUAACAUUGUCAGUAAGCAUCCAGAUAGCAGAGUUGAAGUGUUACCCAUGGAUUUAUCAUCUGAUGAAGAAUCUCUGAAAGAAGUUGUACAUGCGGCGGAAUCACUCUUUUCCAGUGCAGGAGUUGACUAUAUGAUACACAAUGCAGCCUUUGAGCGUCCAAAAAGGGGGGUCCUGGAAGAAACCGAGGAAGGUCUUAAGGCUAUUUUUAAUGUCAAUGUCUUCGGAACUAUUACUUUAACUCGCCUUCUUGCAACUUCAAUGUUGGAUAGAGGGAUGGGUCACUUUGUUGUGAUGAGUAGUGCAGCUGGAAAGGUCCCCUCACCUGGUCAGGCACUUUACUCUGCUUCCAAACAUGCUCUCAAUGGUUACUUUGCUUCUCUGCGUUCGGAGUUAUGUACGAAAGGCAUCAAGGUCACUAUUGUCUGUCCUGGACCUAUUGAAACACCAGAAUCUUCUGGUGCAGCCUCUUCAUCACAAAGGAAUUCAUCUGAGAAACGUGUUUCAGUGAAAAGAUGUGCUGAACUGACAAUUGUCGCAGCAACUCAUGGACUAAAAGAAGCAUGGAUAUCAUAUCAGCCUGUGCUGGCUGUUAUGUACUUGGUGCAGUACAUUCCAACAAUUGGAUACUGGCUUAUGGACAAGGUUGGUGCAAAGCGAGUGGAUGCAGCUGCGAAGAAAGGCAAUGCCUACAGUUUGAAUCUCCUCUUCGGUGGCAAGAAGUCGGCUUGAUCAAAGGAAGGCAAAGGCUACAGUUUGAAUCUCCUCUUGGGUGGCAAGAAGUCGGCUUGAUCAUGAAGUUGCUCAUCACUCUACUCAACUGAUAGGGGUUCUGAAAUAGUCAGCACACAUCUAACUGCAUUGUGAAUCUUGUAACCCCUCGAGUUAAAAUAAACCUUGUAACCCCUCAAGUUAAAAUAAACCUAGCUUCCCUUUUUGUAUGUUCAUAAUGUGUGAAACUACCAUAAUGAAGCAUGUACCCUUGCAAUGUCACUUGCUAGUGAAAUAUAUUUGAACUGUUCUUGUUGA